AUGAAAAUUUUUUUACAAUUUUUCAAUGCCUUAGACAAGGGAGAAUUGCCCAUUCCGAAUGUUUUACAACCUCAAACUCUAUCAAAAUCCACAUCUGUCCGCAAUUUAAGUUUGAGUCCUUCAAUUCGUUGUAUUAAUAGACAAACAACGUCAAUUUUGUCUGAUGAUAAUAGAGAAGAGGGACAAUCGCCUUCCCUUUCUUUGGACAGCGAUUUUCUUUUGCGAGAAAAGAACUCAACAACAGCAUCAUCAGUUGAAAAUGAUGAAGUUCAAUCGCAAACAACAGAUUGUACAAGUAAUUCAAUUGCUAAUGCCUCUACACAUUUGCCCUUAGAAGGUAGUGGAGGUACGGGGGCGUUGUUGGACUUGUCUCGAUUUAAAACUGAAAAAGUUAUUGGAAGGACAGUUCCAUGUUUUCCACAUUCAUCAGAUUCUGACUGUGAAUGUGACGAUAGUGCUAAUAAUAAUCGACAGACCAAAAAAACUUUGUUGUCAUCAUCAGAGAAACAACAACAAAGUUUAUUUUUAUCUUCUCUGCCUUCUGCUCAAUUACAAUCUACUCUAAAUUCUUUAAAUUCUUCUUCUCUAAUUUCAUCAGCAUCUUCUCCUUCUCCAAAACUUUCUUCAUUAAUUAUUCCAGAAAAUAACAAAAAAGAAGAAAAAUCACAACAAAUUUCAACAAAAUUAGAAGAAGAAAAUUCUCAUAAAAAUUCUCUCCCUCCAACCAAUAAUUUUUGUUUAUCAACAACUUUUAAAGAAGAAAAUCUUGCCAAUAUUUCUAUUAGUGAUAAAACACUUACUGAAGAUAUAAACAUUAAAGUUGAAUUAUCUACUCGUCAAAAUCUUUCUUUAUUUUUGGCUUCGUCUUCUUCCCCUUCACCUCCUUUGUUAGUGAAGGAUGGAAGUUUAGACAGUCAUCAACAAUUAAAACCUAGCGAAUAUGAGUUAUCAACAAUUCGCGGACUUUUAAGCCUUGAUGAAUAUUCAAAAACUCAUCUAUUUUGUGUACUUUUGCAUAGACCAGUUGGACUUGAUGAAGUUAGUGUUGGUCUUUUAUUAUCCGAAAGGCCUCUUGUUCGUUCUACGCCAGAAAGAAAUUCUUUAAAUUAUGCUAUUGAAAUUAGUAAAGUAACUUGUGGUUCUAUUGCUGAGAAAAAUGGGUAUUUAAUGCAAGGCGAUAGGGUUUUCUUUAUUCAACAUGAGUCGACUGAGAAUAUGCGCGUAAAAGAAGCUAGAACAUUAUUACGUUCACGAGCCCCGUCAGUUCAUUUAAUUGUUGGACGCCGUCAAGGAUUAUUAUAUCAACAACAACAUAAUAUUACAAAUUGUUUAACUAAUUCGUCUACAAGUGGUAGUAGAACAGCUUUGAGUGCUUCAAGUACUUCUAGUUUAACUGCUCUUUCUGAAUAUCAGGAAGAUCACCAAUCUUCUAUUUUUUUGACUGAUCCAGCAUUGGAGAGAUAUGCUCCAGACUCUAUUCUUGUUACUUUACCUAAAUCUGAACUUAUUAUGGGUUUAUCACUUGAUGGUGGUUUAAGCUCACGUUUUGGCGAUCGUCCAAUUUUUGUCAAGAGAGUUUUUGCUGCAGGAGAAGCAGCUCUAGAAGGCAGAAUUUCUCCAGGCGACGAAAUUCGAAGGAUACAAAUAUAUACAAAAAAUAUUAUUUUUUUUCUUUUGAUUAUUGGAUAUAUGUAUGUACUUUAUUAG